AUGUCCGUUCCGGCAGUCAGUCACCUGCUCGCCGCCGUCGUUUCCAUUGUCUAUGUAUUCACCUGUUCCGGGCCCAGCACCAUAUGAUGACGGACUGCCUCGUCUGUUUGCAUGCGUCGACUACUCAAUUUACACAUAGAUGCAGGUUGACCACGCCUACUUUUGCGCACUGAAACAUGUGUCUUUCCUGGACUCCCUUUCGAGAUUUCGUCGCUUUUCAAUUGCCGGCAGCUCUCACGGGGAUUCUCCUUGUUUCUUCCGCCCCUCCGAAAUUGAUCAGAUGCCAUUCGCAACGUUCAGUAUAGUCUAAUUUUUUCUUGACCUGAUUCCCUUUGGAGUUUUUUAGAACUUGUAAGGUGAACUGAAAAAAAUGACUACCGCCGCAUUUUUUGAAUUAUUUCUUUUAAACCUUCUGAAAAAAAAGGAAUUGGCGGUUUUUGAUAUUUCAUGCGCAAAUUUGUUAGCAGUUAUUUUACUGUUUUUGGAGGAAGUUCUCUAAAAUUUUCUUCUUAUUGGAAAUUAUUGAAAUUUAUUUUUAAGUUCUAAAGAGUGAGUUUCUCCCAAGUGUAACAUUCCAUUCAUUUUUUCUAUCAAAGCUUCUGUUUGAUUUAAAAGUUGGACUGUCUUUAUAGAGUUUCAUUCAGGCUUCUGGUGCUUUUGAAGGCGAGCAAACCGAUUUUUCUUUUAACUAAACUCUGAUAUUUGAAAUAACUUACGAUAUUACCAGCAAUAAAUGUCGAAGGAAAAACUACCUUUUUGCAAAAUUCCAUUCAAAUUUUUUUUUUAGUUUGCCCAAUACUGAGUGAAAAUCAUUUUUUGAUGAAGUUCUCGAUACGAUGAGCGAAAAAGUACGUAGACAGAAGAAAUUCAGGCGUCUACGUUGUAUUUUCAAGCUAAUGGCUAAUGAUGAAUAACAAAGCUGAAUCCCAAAAAGGAAAAAAAAGGGGGGCUAGGGGUUGUUUUGAUCGGCUCUGUUUUCGGGAAGAUUAUUCGAAAGGCAGACAAUGACAUUUCGAAACUGAUUGAGACGAACCGUGUCGAGGGAGUUUCAACUUGAUUGGACUACAAAAGAGGAAAGUGUUCGGCAGCGUUUUGACGACGGACGACGGGUCGUCGCCCUCCACUUCCGGUGUGCUCCAUUCGUCGCGAAUUCAGUCGUUGCCUACUCCAUUUCUCUCGCUGCCCACCACUUCUCUGCCUAUUGUGGCGUGCUUCUCUUGUUUCGCUUUUUUUUCGGGUCUUGUUUGGAAAAAUGGCCCACUUUGGAGAGUGCCUCAAAUUUGUAUGCCAACCAAUGCUCGUUUGCGACUCGGUGGUUUUUUUUUUGUGGAACUGGCUUUUCAUCGAACUCUCUUUCAGAAGUUGCUCAUGUUAGCAUAAAGUUAUACCUUGAAAGCUUGAAGUUGCAAGUUGGAGUAGCUAACGACUGAAUGAGAUAUUCAUGCCGUUUUUGCGGUUUCACCUGUUUUUGAGCCUGGAAAGAGCCCAUCACACACACACCGCCUAUUUUCGUCAAUCCGAGGGCCAUUGUUGCCUUCAACUCUCCUUUCCUUCAUGUCGUCUGA